AUGUCGAUGACACCAUGGCUAGACCAACCGGUCAUGCUGCACUCGGACCGUGAGGCCAUGUGUAUGAUGACCCCAGAGCAAUGUGCCUUGAAAUUCUCAUACUGGGUAUUUUGGUAUGAGGCCGAUCAUCGAUUCGCCUUGCCGACGGUGGCAUUCUUCAUGGUAGCAGUUAUCUUGUUCGCCUUGGGGAAUAUCGUCUCGUCGCUGGCCCCGCCGCGGUUGAAGCAAACAUCGGGCUGGUCCCGGUUGACAGCUGUCUUCCGCGUCCUGUCCUACAAGACCUGGAGGAUUGGAAGCUGGAACACUCGGUCCCUCGGGACGAUCUUGCUGGGGGCCGCUGGGCUUGUGUUCUUCCUAGCAAUGACGCUAGGCCCUCGACCUUACUACUGGCCUAACACGAAAGAUGCCGAGUAUGGUAGCUCGCCUCCCAUCGCGACACGCACGGGUUUCAUGGCCUUGGGAUGCUUGCCUUUUCUCAUUGUGCUCGGCGCAAAAGCCAACCCGAUCACUGCGCUCACGGGCGUCUCUCACGAGAAGCUUAACAUAUGGCACAACUGGGUCGCCUGGGCCAUGUUCGUCUUGGCCUUGAUCCACACCUUUCCCUUCAUCGUCUACCACCAGCGAGAGGGGGAUACCGCUAAGGAGUGGAAAACCGGCGGUGUCUGGGUGACUGGCGUGGUGGCGUUGAUCGCACAAGCAUGGCUGACAUUCAUGUCGAUCCCGUGGAUUCGAAACCGCUACUACGAAUUCUUCAAAGGCACGCACUUCCUCGCAGCCAUGGUCUUCAUGGUCUUCUUCUUCUUCCACUGCGACUUCCGCAUGUCCUCAUGGGACUACUUCAUCGCUACCGCCGUCCUCUACGCCCUCUGCUGGUUCUACGCCCAGUUCAAGACCUACCUCGAGCUCGGCGUGCGACACAAAGCGCGGCUCUCACGCGAGACAGACCACACCCUGAAAGUCACCAUCGACACCACCACGGAGUGGCAGCCGGGCCAGCACAUCUUCCUACGAUUCCUCACCGGCGGAGUCCACAUGCUAACCGCGCACCCCUUUACCAUCUGCUCUGUGCCGCAGCCCGGAAACGUCAAUCAGUUGGUGUUCUACGUGCGCGCGCGCGGCGGUCUCACCGGUCGGCUGAUGAAGAUGGCUGAACAGCAGCCGAAUAAGGCUGUUCCUGUGCUUUUGGACGGCCCGUACGGCGGUGUCACCAGCCGGUCGAUCGCGGAGUUUGAUCGCAGUCUUGUUGUGGGCGGGGGCGUCGGCGCUGGGUUUACACUGUCCCUUAUCGAAGACUACGUCCGGCGCGCUGGGUCUGCGAAAGCCGAGAAGGAAAUGAAAGUCAUCGUUGCGACGAGGGAUCCGGCCAUGCGCACGUGGUACACUGAGGCCCUACGGGAGAUUGAGCAGCGGCAUUCGCAGACAUCCAACAUCAUCGGGUUGGAGGUGCAUAUCCAUGAGACAGGGCCUGAACAGCACGGCGCGGAUUAUAUUGCGACUGGGUCGAGUUCGCCGUCUAAGGAGGCUGAAGUCCUUGCGCAGGAGCAGAGUCAUGCGGCUGCGACGAUGUUUAGUGUCAAGUUCUUCCGGGGUCGACCGAACUUAAGGACUGAGGUUGACUCGCUUGCUGGCCAAGACGGUGUCGCUGUUGGUGUUGUUGUUUGUGGUCCGUCGUCGAUGCAUCAUGAUGUGGGAUCUGCUGCUGCGGAUGCUCAGCAGCAUAUCAUCUCUGAUCGGAAGGGGGCGAGGGAGGUCUGGUUCCAUCAGGAGACGUUUUCGUAA